UUGACGGCACAAGAGAUGUUUGUCCGUGCGACAAGGUUCAAUGCCGUCCGCAUGCUCCGGUGCCGCUACUCCGGUGCCGCUGCUCCGGUGCCGCUUAUCCGGUGCCGCUGUGGCUAUCCUAGCACGACCAAACUCGACCCGCUCCGCUUCGUACAUGCUCUCGUUGCUGUCCUCCCCAGUCUGUUCCUCGCUUUCUCCCUCGUUGCACUUAGGGUUCUUGGUCUGAAAAUUUCCGCGCCGAAGGGUCAACCAGCCCAAUCAGCUCGUCACCACCUGUCCCCUCCUCCUUUGAUGGCAAAACCAGGUUACUGAGACAGUACAGCUCCCUCUAGCAAACCUAGGGCCGUGUACAUAGUGCCCGUCCACCUUUCUGAUGACGUCUGCCUCCGCGCACAAAGAUGAGAUGGGCAUUGCUGCCUACACCGACGGCCUGGAGGCCCGCGCAUCUGCACCUUUGUACCUGACGCACCAGUGCCGACCCAACUCCAACACUACGCACGCCUCGCGGCGGGUGCGCCGCAGCAAGAAGGCGAAGUGGGCAAACAAAAAGAGGGGUAGACAACCCACGGAAUGGGUCAAGGUUGUAGAGGACGUAUGGAAGGGGCUCGACAUCGACGAAGAUGAAACGCUGGAAACGGAGGGUCUACAGGGGUUCAAGGAGAAGAUAUCUGUUGCUUGUGCCGAGAGAGAAGAACAGAAUCUGAGGAAAGAAUCCAAGGAUAAGGAGGGUCUAGAAGUGUACGGAAUGUUGAAGGAAGGAAUAGGGUUCAAGGAUUACCUUCAUGGACCAAUGCAGGAACAAAGCUUGAGGCCAAAUUCAGGACCGGGGACAUAUGCCUUCGAGAACGUCGACAAGGACAUAGGACGGACCGGGGACAUAGGCCUUCGAGAACGUCGACGAAGACAUAGGACGGUAGACGACGAAGACGACGAGUUCAAAUGUGAUUGCGGCUUCGAAUGCGACGACCGUAUUCAUGUAGUCGCGGAAUGCCCGUUUCACAAGAA